UCGAAAACCAAACCCACAUGGGCCUCUCAUGGAUCUGAUCAUAUCACAAGCUGAGGUGGUCUAGACAGCAUUUUAUCUCAAAAGUAACAAUCCGACCUCGGUGACAAGAUGCAGAUGCACAAUGAAAAUAUUGUGCUGUUGGCAAGGUCUUCCAAGUCCCUCACAGAAAUCUUUCGAGUCCUCAGAAAAGGUGAAAACAGGGACAAAACCCUCAAAGAUGUCUACAGCAACUGUGCCGCCCGUUGCUGGUGGGUGUAUAGUCAAACAACACGCAUCGAGUCAGCGGUUGACCCGAACGACGAGAUCAUUCUACAAAUCUUGAACCAGUUGGAGUCCAUAUCAUCAUUCCAGGCCUCAGAGAGUCGGUAUGCGCGUCUAAGAAUACUGAAUGAGCGCUGGGGUAGCAGACACGGUUGUGAGAGUUCAGAGCAUUGGGAACUGGCAAGAACGUGUCUCGAUGCCAGGUUUGCUGAUGGCACUGCAUUGCGCGACAACUUCACCGACGCUUUGAUGGAAUGGAUAGAUAUUAUCGAAAUGCGGUUUCCCGAAGACGGAUUCCAAUCGCCGCAGAGAAAUGUUCGAGGCAAGAGGAACCGAAAUCACGAGCCUUCGUAUACCGUAUCGCAUGCGGCCCAGUCGCUCUUCGAGGCUCUCAGGGCAUCUGCCAACUGCAGCUGCCAUCCGGCCCAAGAGCUGGCUGCUAAGCUUUGCCUGAGUACGCAUAGAGCCUUCAUUGUUGACACCUACGCCGCCGACGACUUCCGCAUGUUCCUUGAGUCGCCGAAGUGGCUCCAGGAAGCACAUGUGUGGGCUUUGAGGGACCCGGGGAGCUCAGAGGUCUACUUUGCUUUGUACGACAAGCUCGGAUAUUCCCGCUUCACUAAUUCAGGGUCAUCAAGUUCAAAGGAGCUGCAAAAGCUUUGCGCACAAAUACAACAGGACAGCGCAGCUAAGAGGCGGCUUGAGCUCGAAAUCAAGCAAGGCAGACUUUACAAACACACUUCAUUCCCGAGACCCCGGCUCAUCGACGAGAAGAAGCCGCCAGUGUCUCUUCACUUCUUCCUCGCAGAAAGAAGCCACUGUCUAACAGAGAAGACGAAGCGUAUUCUGGCGGUGCUCCUGAGCUACGCGCUUCUUCAUUUGCACGAAACCCCUUGGAUCAAACCGACGUGGGACUCUUCGCAAAUACUUUUUCUCCAGACUUGCAAAUCCGCGAUUCCCCUCAAUCCAUUUGUCAAAGCCCCUCUGAGCGAAGCUCUCGUAGACCUAACCCCAGGCCGGAACUUGUCUCAGGAAGGCGAGCCUGACGACAUACUGGGACACCCAUUUCCCGGCCUGGUCGCUUUCGCAGCAAUGCUAAUGGAGCUGUCCUCGGCGACGCCGUUGGAGACUCUGUGGAGUGAUUACGAGAUUGACGGCGCUGUGUGCUGCACGGACGCCGAGCGCCUGAGCUUCAUCUUUGACAAGUUCAGGAGAGACACGGGAGAGAAAUCCAAGUUCAACCAGUCGAUAGACAAAUGUCUAACCCCGGCAACCUGGAUGGACCAUGAGGAUACGCCUCUAUGUGGACAGGUCCUGAGGUCUGUCAUCUACCAAGAGGUGGUGAUGCCACUGGAGGACGAGCUGUCUUGGAUACUGGGGGACAUUAUCGACACACUGGACGAGCUGGCCGCCAACAUCAACUUUGGCAGCUGGGGUCAGGUUUUCCAGAGCCAGCAGGGAAACGAGUUUGCAUUCUCGCCAAGUCUUCAGGCCCUCAACCUGUCAAAUCCAUCCAUGCAUCUCUGCCCUCCCGAUGUGCGACAAGGUCAGCUUCUCCAAAACACCCGCUUUUUUGAUGGCGAUGAACUUUCGAGCGACAAUCCUCAGAGAAGUGCGAAAUACGCGGCUUGGAGAGAGAGUGUCAAAAAGGUUCAUGACACAUUUUUGGCCCCGACGCAAGGUCUUUCCUCAAAUCGUGUCAAGAUUGCAGUGCUUGACACUGGCAUUGACGAGGAGCAUCCAUAUAUUUUUGCGAGAGAUGAACGGGUGGUUGAAAGGUACAACUGACUUGCUGAGACGCGUCGGCGCAAUGUCACUGAUGUCAGGGACAACAACGGCCAUGGGACAUUUGUCACCGGCCUACUCUUAGACCAUGCUCCCGGCGCCGACCUCUACGUGGCCAAGAUUUCAGAAAAUGGCACGCCGGCGCCCCCAAGACUGAUUUCCGAGGCCAUCGACUAUGCAGUAAAAACGUGGAAAGUCGACAUCAUUUCAUUGUCAUUUGGAUACCCAACCAGAAAUAUCGACGGCUAUAACCAGCUGCGUGACUCAAUCCGGAAUGCAUACCACAAAAAGGUUCUAGUCUUCGCCGCCGCCUCAAACGAUGGCGCCAACGCAGAUAGAUCAUACCCAGCGCGCCAGGCAGAGGUGAUUUGCAUUCAUUCGACAGACACGGACGGCAACAGGUCAAGGUUCAGCCCCACCGCUGUGCAAGACAGCAAAAACUUGGCCACAGUUGGGGAGGCGGUCGCAUCCGCGUGGCCGCUUCAUCUCUGCGACAGGGUCAAGAAUCCUGGUUCGGUUGUGACAAGGUCUGGGACCUCGUAUUCGACGCCCAUCGCCGUCGGCAUUGCUACUUUUUUGAUCCAGUACGCCCGGAUUCAUCUGUCAGAGCACGAGGCCGAAGAGCUCAAAGUCAAGUCCAUCAUGGAAGCAGCGCUUGUAAGAAUCUCCCAGCGAGAUCAGGCUUGCGAAAAGCGAGAUGGCUACACCUAUGUGACUUUGAACCUCCAUCCAAGCACAUUUUUCGGAAAGUCGCAUCAGACGGUUAAACAGCUCUUAAAGGCCUUCUUUGAAGCUUUAUAAAAUCUUGUGACAAACCACCUCGCAAGCCGGAAACCGGACAGCGGUUCGUUGACAG